AUGUGCCUUAAUCAAAGAUCAAGAGAUCGCCUCACAAUCGAGCAAAAGUAUCGCAUUAUUAUGCACAACAUGCACUUUCCUAAUCUGACGCAAAUGCAACUCGGUCAAUGGGCUCAAAAGGAAUUCAACCUUCAUCACUCAGUCAAGCAAAAAACUGUAUCGAACGUCUUGAAUUCACAGGACAAGGUGAUCAAAGCUUACGAAGGAGGAAAUUUGAAGGGAAAAAGCAGCAGAGCCUUGACGAUGCCACAAUUGGACAAUGACAUUUUGGAGUACAUUCAAGCCAUGAAUGCAAAAUCUCUUCCUGUCAAUCGUGGAACUAUUGCAGCUUUUGCAAAAGUAGUCGCACACAGAAAGUACCGCAUGCAUGAAUUGCCAAAGAAUAAGCAAAUCCAUUUCUCAGAUGGAUGGCUAACCGAUGUUUUCAAGAGAAUUGGUGUCAAGUCAAGACAUUUAUAUGGUGAAAAAAGCUCAGUGGACUUAACAUCAUCUAAGAUUGUCGAAGAACUCAGAAAGAUUGAAGAAUUGUUGGAGCCAUAUGAUCCCAAAGAUAUUCUCAACUUUGAUGAAACUGGCUUAUACUACGAGCAACAACCAACUCGCACCAUUUGUCAGGAACCUUUAGGUGGAUCAAAGAAAAGCAAGAACAGAUUCACAGUUGGACUAAUCACCAACUAUGAUGGAUCCUAUAAAGGGCACCCCAUUGUAAUUGGGAAACGAAAGACACCAAAGGCAGCAAACAAAAAACCUGCUUUGUACAGAAGAACCACCAACAUCGGGCAAUCCCAUUAUGUGGAGUACCAUUCAUCUCCCAAUGCAUGGAUGAACACCGACAUCUUUAGGAAGUACGUCAAACGUUUGAAUGCGUCUUUCGUUUACGCCGGAAGAAAAGUUGCUCUCUUGGUUGACAAUGCUUUAGUGCAUAAAUUGAAAGAAGAAUUCAGCAACAUUAAGUUGAUUUUCCUUCCAGCAAACACAACAAGCAAGUUGCAGCCUUUGGAUGCCGGAAUCAUUGCGAACUUCAAGGCUCAGUUUCGUUGGCACCAAUACUACAGGGCAGUGAACAAGUAUCUUGCCGGGGUAAACCUUGAUCUUACCGAGGAAUACAGAAUGGAUGAGGUGGAUGCUCUGUAUUUUCUUGCUGAUUCUUGGAUCAAAGUUAAGCCUCAAACAAUCCAAAAUUGCUGGGAUCAUACGAAGAUCCUUGAUUUUAAGUUUGCUCAGAGACAGAGAGUCGACUCGGAGGAUGUACUCCCAUCUUUCGAGCUACCUUUAGACGAUGAUCUAGUCAGCCAGUUGAACAAAAUCAUCCCUGAACUUCCUGGAAACAGAAGUAAUGAUGGGGUUCAAUUGGUAACUGAAGUAAACGACUUGGAUCUAAAUGCAGAUGAGUCUGAUGCAAUCGUUUUUAAUCCCGUGAUUGUUGAAUUUGAGGAUGGCGAUGAUGUUACCCAGGGGUCACAAGAGCUUGAGGUAGAGGAAGAACCAGUAGAGAUUUACGAUGUUGAUACGAAGGAGAUAAGGGAGAAGUUGAAGCAUGCGUAUGAAACUAUCUUGUACCAUACCAUCCCAAUGGAUGAAAAAGAAAAGUCUAUGCUGAAAACUAUCCGUAGGAAUCUGAACGAUAUCAGAUCGGAGGAAGUAGCAGAGAAAAAUCAAACAGAUUUACGUGAUUAUUUUGUUUAA